AUGAUAAGAGGACUUCUCAUUGUGGGCUUCUUAUUUGGAGGCGAAGUGUUGGGUGAAGAGCCAGCUUGUUACACAACAAACCGGUUUGAAUACGAAAAAAAUGUACUAGAAAAACUGAUUUAUUUGGAACAGUCCAAUGCCGCCGCUACCGAAAGGAUUGCUGCUUUGGAGAGACAAUUGCAAGGCCAGACAACACAGUCCCCGCAAAACAUGCGGAGUUCGUCAACAUACGUGCACUGGGGCAUGAAAACGUGUCCCAACGUUACAGCCACAAGUGUGAUUUUCAGCGGACAAGUAGGAGGUGGCCAUUUUACACACACAGGCGCAGGAGAAUAUGUUUGUUUGCCAAACGACCCGUCAUAUGAUCAAUAUAGUGACGCCGCUGAUAACGAUAGGUCAUGGAUGUACGGUACCGAGUACGAAACAGGUACUUGUCCAGUUUUAACCAAUCUCCUAGACUUUGAAGUCCCAUGCGCUGUUUGUCUUGCCAGACGGAAGACAACACUGAUGAUAGCUGGCCGUACAUCGUGCUACAGCGGCUGGACCAUGGAGUAUCAGGGGUACCUGAUGGGAUCAUACUAUAAGUAUAACAAUAAGGGGUACAUCUGCUUGAACAAACAUGCCGAAUCGUUUGAUUCCAGCUCUGGAAACGAGAAUGGAGCUGUGAUCUACAUGACUGAAGGCCGAUGCGGCUCCCUAAAGUGUCCUCCUUAUAAGAACGGAGCAGAACUUGCUUGCGUCGUUUGUUCAACAACCUCGUAGACAUGAGUGACACAAAUGAAAUAUUGAAAGUAGAUAAAAACAUAUAUUGU